GUUGUAUAAAAAGCUGGCCGCAAUUAGGUUGAGGCUCCCUCCCACCUCACUUCGUCAUUGACACUCACUAGCCUUCUUUGCCAUCCACUUCGGAGUAAUACUCAUCAACCACUGAUACCUACUAUGGAUGCAUCGAACGCAGCCGAUAUCCUUCGCCGAAAACCCGACAACCUUGCAAUCUAUACCAACCCUGAGCAUGAUCUUUUUCUCAAGAAGCUCGAUGUUCCGAUCCCAAGCGAAGGGGAGUGCCUAGUUCACGUGCGAGCAACUGGCAUCUGCGGCUCCGAUGUUCACUUCUGGAAAGCAGGUCACAUUGGAGAGAUGGUUGUGACGGGUGAAAACGGGCUAGGUCACGAGAGCGCAGGCGUGAUCGUGGGCGUAGGGCCCAAGGUGACAAAGUUCAAAGUUGGCGACAGGGUGGCCAUCGAGUGCGGCAUCCCUUGUAUGAAGGCAUCGUGCUUCUUCUGUCGAACAGGCCGAUACAAUGCCUGCCCAGAGGUGGUUUUCUAUUCGACGCCCCCAUACCACGGAACCCUUACGCGUUACCACGUGCACCCAGAAGACUGGCUUCAUAAGAUUCCUGAUGAGAUGUCGUAUGAAGAGGGCUCUCUUCUCGAGCCGCUGUCAGUGGCUCUGACGGGGCUCGAGCGAUCCGGCGUUCGCUUGGGUGAUUCCGUGGUCAUUUGCGGUUCUGGCCCUAUCGGUAUUGCCACUUUGCUGGCUGCUAAUGCGGCAGGUGCAAAUCCAAUUGUCAUUACAGACAUCAAUCAGACUAGACUAAACAUGGCAAAGAGGGCUGUUCCCAGAGUGCGAACUGUGCUCAUCGUCCCUGGAAAGGAGCCGCAGGCAAUAGCCGAGGACAUCAAAAGGGCUCUUGGUCAAGAAGCCAAAACAGUGCUUGAAUGCACUGGUGUUGAAUCAAGUGUGGUCACCGGUAUAUACUCUUGCCGAUUCGGAGGCAUAGUCUUUGUUAUCGGCUGUGGUAAAGACUUUGCCACGAUUCCCAUCAUGUACAUGGCCGGCAAGGAAAUCGAGUUACGGUUCCAGUUUCGCUAUCGAGAUAUCUACCCUCGGGCCAUUGGGCUUGUUGCUGAGGGAGUCAUUGAUCUUAAGCCAUUAGUCACCCACCGAUUCAACCUCGAAGAUGGUGAGAAGGCCUUCAAAACAGCCUCAGACCCUAGUGCUCUGGCGCUGAAAGUCCAAGUGCUUGACGAUUGAAACCAGAGCGGUAAUACUCAAGCAUGUUGAAAUUAGUUCUAGUUCAUCGUUCAGUGGGAAAAAUUCAGCUGGACUAGGAUAGGGGUUCCGGGUGAUGAGAUUAUCUUACCUUAGACGGAUGAAGUCGUAUCGAAAUAAUUCGCAGCCUGCAGUGGGGA